GAAGGGGAGAGGGGGGUGUGUGCUUCCACCAAAUCAGGGUGCAAUUGAGUGAUGCUGCCGCCAUAGGUGCGGGUUACACGGGAGCUCCGGUCACAAACCGACGUCCAGCUGCUGCGCGCGGUGACGCACGGGAGGAGAGGGCGCGCGGAGAGCGGAGCCAGCGGACGCGGAGGGAAGUUGAGAGAGAUCUGCCAGAGGAUGCUCGUGUUUUAGCAGCUGAACGGGAAAGGAGGCAAUAUCUUUUUCUCAAAUCCGGAUUUGCUCUUUCUCACAAAAUGGACCAAAACCGGAGAUUCGGCGCGACAGAAGCGGAUCCAAACAUCCGGUAAAGAAAUAUGACGCUGCCUCCCAUCCGCCGCUGAGCACCGAUAGGGUCAAGAGAUCCGGAUGAAUUCUGGAGCGCGGUCAGUUCACGUCGGGACAGGUUGGAUUCGGCGCGUCCACGGCCCCGGGAGCGCGUAAUGGGGGAAAAGUUUGGGCUCUCGUAGAGGAGACGCGCUCGUGAAUGACGUGUGAACCCUCGGCGGCUGCAGAAGUUUGAAAGUCCAUUUCCAAACGUCCAGCAUGACUUGAAACACCCCGGGGGGUGUCGGAUCUCUUAUCAGGCCGCGUAAACCAUCCGUGAACCGCUGAGUUGUCCAGAGACGCGCGCGCGCGCGGACAUUGAUGCACCUGAGAGGAUUUCUGCUGCAGAGCCUGAUUCCAGUCAGAAAGUGAGCCUUCCUCUUCCUCUUCCUCCCCCCCUCGGAUAUCCGAUGAUGUGCCAGCUGGGGCAGAAGUGUGUGAUGGAGGUGGUGCUGCUGACCGUCCUGUCCUGGGUGUCCGUGUGGGCCGAGGAGAAGAUCAUCUUUGACAGACACGCGGUUUACUGGAACAGCUCCAACCCUAAGUUCUGGCAUGGAGAGUACAGAGUGGCAGUGAACAUCAAUGACUAUCUAGACAUCUACUGUCCUUACUACGAAGGUCCUCCAUCCCACGGUCGAAUGGAGCGCUACAUCCUGUUCAUGGUCAACCAUGAGGGCUACACCACCUGCCAGCACAGGAUGCGCGGCUUCAAGCGCUGGGAGUGCAACCGCCCCAGUGGUGCAGAUGGGCCUCUGCGCUUCUCAGAGAAGUUCCAGCUCUUCACUCCCUUUUCCCUGGGCUUUGAGUUCAGGCCUGGACACGAGUACUACUACAUUUCGUCUCCUCACCCAAACCAUGUGGGGCGGGCCUGUCUAAAGCUGAAGGUGUACGUCAGACCUCCAGAUGGAUCGGGAUACGAUUCCCCGGAGCCCUUCCUGACGGAUGGAGGAGACAGCUCCAGGACAGGGUGCUUGGCCUCGGUCCUGCUGUUCCUGGGACUCUCUUUCUGGCUGUGACCCCCCACAUACACACACCCGACUAUGUGGAGCUCCAACCCCAGGAUCAAGGCUGGGCUGGCUGUCCCUCUAAACCCACCACCCCUCAGGGAAGCCCUCUAACCCAUCGUUCCACUUCCACCUGACCACCAACGACACCCACUGCCAGUCCCUUUUCAUAGCCCCAACCAUGCACAUCCUCCCCAGGCAUGGCUGCAAGGGCUAAGCUGCCCUUCAUCUCCGAUCCCUGAAAUUCUGGGUGGAUCAGCGCAUCUCAGAGGAGCAAACGUCUUCAUAUCAGGGGGUUGGUUUGAUUUGACUGCAAACAUUUGUUGGGGUGAAACUGUAGCCGUGAUUAAACUUGUCAUCCCCUACUUGCGCCCCCCCCCCCCCUUGUCACCAGUGCCGGAUGCAUCCAGCAACAGACGUGGAUGCACAAACAUAUUUGCACCAAUCUCAAAUUUUUUUGCAACCUUCAAAUGCAAAGUACUGUUUUUGUUCAGAUUUCAUUUUGAGAUGACAAGUGUAAUCAUAGCACGAGGGGGCGGAGAUGUAUAUUUUCAGGUGGGGCUUGUUUUUUUGUCUUUUUCAUGUUUCUAAACAAAGCAUUUAUCACAGCCUGGCAGCACAGGCUCCUCCAGCACCGUCUGAUGUCGACUGGUUCGGGUGACUUUUGGAACCAAGACUCUCUCUUGUAUGAAUGUACCACUGGUCACCCACCUUUAUGUCUUUGUGUAUUAUUGUGACUAUGGUCACUCACAGUACCUUCUCUCAGACUGGCGGGAUUGAACAGCUCCUGGGUUGGGAGUCAAAGUGAGAAAAGGAGGUGACACUCAAGUUGCAUGACCACUGUGAAACCUUAAGAUCAAUCUUGUUUCUAAUGAUGAUAUAUUUUUUCAUGGGGAAAAAAAAAAUCUGGGAAGCGCCCUGCUCCCGCCCUCGUUCUCCCUGGGACUUUUUAGGACAUGAAACGGAAAACUCAGCCUCCUUCCCUCCUCACACGGUUUCUCCUGUCUGACUUUCAGCCGUUGAUGGAUUAGCUCGGGCCGGGAAGAUAAAUGGACCCGCAGGGUGAAACCGACUGGAAAUCGGCCCCCUUGGAGCCCGAGUCAGAUCGCGACGGGCGUAAACAAUGACUGAAGCUGGUUCCGGGUCUGGGGGGUUAAACCAUUGAGGGUUAGGACUGUGGCAAAUGAGGCAAGGUGUUUGCUUGUGUGUGGCAGUGCACCGAAACGCACACAUGCAUGCAGGCAGACAUACACACAUACACAAACAAGGGUGUGGGACGAAGCAUUUGUGAACUCUAAGGGGGGUAAACGGCACAAAGAGAGGGUCUGGGACUCAACGAGUAAGCACUGUGAACAGAUACCAACACCUACUGACAUAUGUAGACAUAAGCGCAGCUCUAGACAUUUACAGAGACAUGGCAUGGACAUACACACAUGUACAAAGACACACAAGAAAACACAAACAAGGGAAAAGGCUUUUUUCCCCGUAUUUCAUCUUAUUUUUGUAGCAUUUAAAAUCACUGUUAAUUACUCCUUUGUGGGAUGCAGUGAUGGGUUAUAGCCUGUGGAGGAUUAAAAAUAAUGUUUUCUCUUCUUCUAUCCACUGAUGCUGUCCUUCUAUUGUUCUUCUUCUUCUCUGGCUUGUGAUCCAUGAUUGGUAGAGGUAGGAUGCCUUCAGGUCUGAGCGUCAUGUAUGAGUUUGUCUUUAUUUUUUUCUGUUCGUGCUGUUUUUGUGGAAGCUGAUUUUAGCCAUUAAAGUCAGUCAACAAGUAAACACAGAAGUCAGAGCAAAGAAGAGAAACACACAAAUAAAGAUUGUCUUUUUGUCUACUCAAAAAAAAAAAAGAAAAACGAGCCGAUUCAGUUGAAUUUCUUCAGACUUACCUCUCAUUAUGUGCUUUUUUUUUAAUCCUCAAAGGGGAGAUGAUUGGGUUUAUACGUGCACUCCAGCGGGCUCUUUAUUUGCACAGUCAAUCUUCUUCUGACGUCAAACUCUUGGAACGGCGAUCGCUGAGCUUUGCCAGUUCAGGCAUGAAAUUAUUCAGAUGAAAUCACCCUCUUCAAUCUUCAUCUGUUUCCCCCUCGGAGAUGCGACGGCUGAUCGGAACCUCUGACAACCUGGUGUCCGGAUGGCUUGAUAGCCUUUCCGCUCUUGUUUCUGUCGCAUUUCCUGCAUGAAGUCUGACUCCUGCUGAUGGGAGGAAAACUCAAACGUUGCGCCUGACUUUAGUUACCCAGAACUUUUCUGGAAUAUUCUAAUGAUUUUUUUUUCCUUGAAGUUUUUUGACAACUUCCUAAAAAAAAUACACCAUUAACUCAUUCUCAGGGGUUUUCAUGGGAAGAAGAAAGCCGAUCUUCCUCUCGCAUGAAACGAAUGAGUGGAAAGGCUGGAAAUUUGAAAGCAAAAUGUUGACACAACAUGGCGAAGAAGCGCCUGAGGGGUGGCGGAUUCCCUUUUAAUUACAACACCUGAUUGUUCUUUUCCUUUUUCUCUGAUUUUAUGCUACACUAGCAGCAAAGAGCGACUCAUCUAUACACAUAAAAACACUAAGCAUGUGCACGAAAGCAUUAAAAGAGUCUAGAAUAAAAAGUAAUUUUUGUAAAAGAAAUAUAUGACUUUUUAAAAGGAAACAGCAAAAUUUAAAGAAGUCUAACUUCUGAACUUAAAGAUAUUUUUUUGUGAUUCUAUGUACUAGAUUUUCUUUAUUUAGCAAAUAUAAAGAAAUCUAAAAAGUACUGAGAUAGCAGCCAUUGUGUUGAAGUAUGACGCUAGGUCCACACUGGAUGCGGAUGCACCGCAAAGCGAUGCAGAGCGCAUGUCAUCUGCAUCGGCAUCUACACACAGAGAUAAGUAUGUGUGUGUGUGUUGCGAUUGUAUGUUUAUUUCCAUCUCUACAGUUUGUCUAAAUACAAAAACAUGAUCACAUUUGUCAAUCGUGGGGUUUUAUUGUGGAAGAUUUGUUAUAUUUUGAAAAUAAACUGGAUUUUCUCAUGUAUCUUGAUGUGACUUCCUGCCAGGAUUGACAUGGAUCACUUGGGACUCACGCACAAGAUAGAGACACCAAAACGAUCCGGCGCACGGUGCGAGCGACGCUCCGCACCUGGCGUAAACCACACCGAAGGUUAACAAGGGCGCAAAACGGAGGCAGCCUCCAUUCCGCGCUGCUUCCACAUGUGAACCAGGGUUAAACCCCAAUGUCUCAUUAAACAAACUCUUAAGAAAUAAGUCAAAAAUUCUAUAAAACUCUAUAAAAAAGCAAAAAAAAA